ACAAAGGCCCAAGUCCUGCGCGUGGGUCUCAGGGUGUCAGGCUCCAAGAGCCGCCUCUGCAUUGGGGAGCAGCGUUGCGGAUUCCCCACUUCCCUGUGUUUCACUUCUCCCAACCUGUGUCGGGUCCUCCUUCCAGGAUACUCACCAGGCGACCCCAGUUCCCACUCUCAUUGGGUGCCGGGUUUCUAGAGAAGCCAAUCAGCGUCGCCGCGGUCCCGGUUCUAAAGUCCUCAGUCACCCACCCGGACUCAGAUUCUCUGCAGACACCGAGGCUGGGGUCAUGGCACCUCGAACCCUCCUCCUGCUGCUCUCGGGGACCCUGGCCCUGACCGAGACCAGGAUGGGCUCCCACUCCAUGAGGUAUUUCCACACCGCCGUGUCCCGGCCCGGCCGCGGGGAGCCCCGCUUCAUCUCCGUGGGCUACGUGGACGACACGCAGUUCGUGCGGUUCGACAGCGACGCCGAGAGUCCGAGGAUGGAGCCGCGGGCGCCUUGGAUGGAGAAGGUGGGGCCGGAGUAUUGGGAGGAGGAGACACGAAGAGCCAAGGACGCCGCACAGACUUACCGAGUGAGCCUGGAGAACGUGCGCGGCUACUACAACCAGAGCGAGGCCGGGUCUCACACCAUCCAGAGGAUGUCUGGCUGCGACGUGGGGCCGGACGGGCGCUUCCUCCGCGGAUAUUACCGGUUAGCCUACGAUGGCAAGGAUUACAUCUGGCUGAACGAGGACCUGCGCUCCUGGACCGCCGCGGACACAGCGGCUCAGAACACCCAGCGCAAGUGGGAGGCAGCCAGUGUGGCUGAGCAAAAGAGAACCUACCUGGAGGGCACCUGUGUGGAGUGGCUCCUCAGACACCUGGAGAACGGGAGGGAGACGCUGCAGCGCGCGGAUCCCCCAAAGACACAAGUAACCCACCACCCCGUCUCUGACCAUGAGGUCACCCUGAGGUGCUGGGCCCUGGGCUUCUACCCUGCGGAGAUCACACUGACCUGGCAGCGGGAUGGGGAGGACCAGACCCAGGACACUGAGCUUGUGGAGACCAGGCCAGCAGGGGAUGGAACCUUCCAGAAGUGGGCAGCUAUGGUGGUGCCUUCUGAAGAAGAGCAGAGAUACACGUGCCACGUGCAGCACGAAGGGUUGCCAGAGCCACUCACCCUAAGAUGGGAGCCAUCUUCCCAGCCCACCAUCCCCAUCAUGGGCAUCGUUGCUGGCCUGGCUGUCUUGGGAGCUGUGGUCACUGGAGCUGUGGUCACUGCUGUGAUGUGGAGGAGGAAGAGCUCAGGUGGAAAAAGGGGGAGCUACUCUCAGGCUGUGUGUAGGUGGUGGGGGCGGGAGUGUGGAGGAGCUCACCCACCCCAUAAUUCCUCCUGUCCCACACCUGCUGCGGGCUCUGACCACAUCUUGUUUUUUUUCUACCCCAGUCAGCGACAGUGCCCAGGGCUCUGAUGUGUCUCUCAGGGUUUGUAAAGCCUGAGACAGCUGCUUGUGUGGGACUGAGAUGCAGGAUUUCUUCACGCCUCCCCUUUGUGACUUCAAGAUCCUCUGGCAUCUCUUUCUGCAAAAAUAUCUGAAUGUGUCUGCGUCCCUGUUUGCAUAAUGUUAGGAGGUGGAGAGACAGCCCACCCCGUGUCCACUGUGACCCCUGUCCCCAUGCUGACCUGUGUUCCCUCCCCAGUCAUCUUUCCUGUUCCAGAGAGGUGGGGCUGGGCAUCUCCAUCUCUGUCUCAACUUCAUGGUGCACUGAACUACAACCUCUUACUUCCUACUGAAAAUAAGAAUCUGAAUAUAAAUUUGUUCCCUUAAAUAUUUGCAAUGAGAGGUUGAUGUGUUAAUUAAAUAAGUCAAUUCCUAAAAUUUGAGAGAGGAAAUAAAGACCUGAGAACCUUCAAGAAUC